GCAGCCUUCCCUUGUUCGAGUGGGCGAAAGGUAUAGGUGAGAGUUCCUCUUUGAUGAGUGUGCUACUAGUCGAAGCAUUUUACGGGGGCUCCCACAAACAGCUCAUUGACCUUCUGAGAGAGAAUGUGGAAGGCUGUGUUGCCUACACACUACCCGCAAAGAAAUGGCACUGGAGGGCACGGACCGCUGCCCUCCACUUCAUGCACGCCAUCCCAGAGUCUUCCUCGUAUAGGGUUCUGUUUACCAGCUCUGUCCUUAACCUAUGUGAGUUGGUGGCCCUGCGUCCUGACCUGGCCAGCCUGAAGAAGGUCCUCUACUUCCAUGAGAACCAGCUGGUCUAUCCUGUCCGCAAGGAUCAGGAAAGAGACUUCCAAUAUGGCUACAACCAGAUCCUUUCCUGCUUGGUGGCAGAUGUGGUGGCGUUCAACUCCCUUUUCAACAUGGAGUCUUUCCUCUCCUCCAUCUCCUCCUUCAUGAAGAGGAUGCCUGACCACAGGCCCAAAGACCUGGAUGGGCUCAUCCGACCAAAGUGUGUGGUUCUCCACUUCCCUCUCCAAUUCCCUGAUGUCACAAGGCUUCUCCCCGAACACAAGCUCUUCCACCAGCCUAUUCCAGUGUCUCAAAUUGACAUCGUCAGCGCACCCCAGGGCCAAGAGAGGCUCUAUCUAGAUUGCCCAAAGGCUACAUGCCCUGGGGAGCCAAAAUCUCAGAAUGAAGAUGAGAGGGAUGUUAACAGCUCUCGAGCAGCUAGCUUACUAUGCCUUUACCCAGAGCCAGGGGAUGGCACACUGGACCACAAAGAAGGCCCAAGACAAUCCCCUGCCAGCCCCAAGGAAGCGCAGUAUACUCAGAGGGAGAAGGAUGCAGUGGUGGAACAAACUGAAAGAAGACAGGGCCAGAUGAAACCUCUCCAUAUUGUCUGGCCCCACAGGUGGGAGCACGACAAAGACCCCGAGCUGUUCUUCAAGACCCUGGUGAAGCUGAAAGAGAGAAACCUAGACUUUCAACUGUCCGUCCUGGGGGAGACCUAUACCAAAGUGCCAGAAAUCUUUGCUGAGGCCAGAGAACAGUUGGAUGCCCAUAUCCUCAACUGGGGCUUCCUUCCCAGUAAAGAUGGCUACCUCCGAGUGCUUUGCCAAGCAGACGUUGUCGUCUCCACCGCAAAGCACGAGUUCUUUGGUGUGGCGAUGUUAGAAGCUGUCCAUUGUGGCUGCUAUCCACUCUGUCCCAAGUCUUUGGUGUAUCCAGAAAUAUUCCCAGCUGAGUAUCUGUACUCGACACCUGAGCAGCUGUGUAAAAGAUUGCAGGGCCUGUGCAAGAGUCCAGACGUAGCAAGGAGACAUCAUGUUAAGGUCGAUACCGCUGCCUAUUCUUGGGCGGCUCUGGAGGAGGGUUACAGGAGAAUGCUGGCGGCCUAAGAAGACCACUGCGUUCCCCCCGACAGGCCUCCGGCCAAAAGGGGAGGCAGGCGGCCGCUGCUGAGGAGCUUGUUCAAAGCGCUGGUACACUCCACUCCAUUAGCGGCGGAGGGAGAUGGAUUUAGAGGUUGACGGAAAAGUCUGCCAGUAGAGUUUCUGAGGCCCGUCGUCAUGCCUGACACGAAGCCACGAGCCGCAAACCUGUGGUGGCUUCCCAGACAGAGCGUCUCAGGCACCUCUCCUGUUGCAAAUCAAAGCCAGCCCCCCCCCCUUUUUUUCCCUUUUUUUUUUUUUGGAGACAUUGUGUCGGGACCUGUAAAUGUCCCCAUCUUCACGUGCUGGAAGGGGACUCUUUUAUGUGUGUGUGUGUGUGUGUGUGUGUGUGGUUUUCUGAGAGGUGGGAGGUAGUGGUGGUGGGAGUUAAGGAGAACGUGUAAAAGCUUUCAUGUUUCCCAUAGGCGGUGCCACCUCAUAUAUCCGGUUUUAUCCAUUUUUAUCCUUUUGUACUGGAAGACGUAAGGCUGGAAUUCUGUUUCUCUCUCUCUCUCUUCUAUUUUUUUCCCCUCUUACCACGCCGACAGAGCGGCAGCCAAGUUGUGGCUUGACGUGCUGCUCUAUGCCUCUCCACCUGGGUUGCCAGGUUUGGGCCAGAGUCCCUGCAAUCCUUUUUUUUUUUUUCAAAGUGCCUAAACAGACCCUCAGCCCUUCUGGGGCCCCCGUUGAACUGACUGGUAUCAACUGAUUUCCAUAUGCUUUCAGACAGUUGUCUGAAAUGUUGUACAUGUACUAUGCACAUACAUUCGCCAAGUACGAUAUCUGUUCAAUAUACUUGUUGUUACUGCCUGAAAUUACAAACCACUGAUACUGAC